AUGUCGCGUAACGUUGCCGCCGAGGAGGACUGGGAGGACGUGGAAGCCGUCGAGGAGGAGGAGGAAGAAGAAGAUACGACCAUUAACAACUCGAAUGUGAUGAUGCGGUAUAAAAAGGCGGCCUUGUGGUGCAAUGAAACACUGCAGGUGCUACUUGAUGCCACAAAGCCUGGCGCAAAGGUGUAUGACCUCUGCACGUUGGGUGAUGAGACAAUUGCGAAGAAGCUCAAGACGAUGUUUAAAGGCACGGAGAAGGGUAUAGCGUUCCCCACAUGUAUUUCCGUAAACAGCUGUGUGGCACACAACAGUCCAUCUGCUGACGAUGAAGCGGCCUCCCAAGAGAUUCAAUUGGGGGAUGUGGUUCAUUUUGAUUUGGGUAUUCAUGUGGACGGGUACUGUGCGCAGGUGGCCCAUACCGUGAAAGUAACUGAAAAUAAUGAGCUUGCUGCUGAUGAGAAGGCUACAAGGGUUAUUUCCGCAACUCACAGCAUUCUCGACACGGCUAUACGCAAGAUGCGACCCGGGACCAACGUUUAUGAUGUGACGGAGAUCAUUGAAAAGGCUGCCACGCACUACGGUGUUACCCCUGUGGAUGGCGUUCUUUCGCACAUGCUGAAGCGUUACAUUGUUGACAGCUUUCGGUGCAUUCCACAACGGAAGGUAGCGGAACAUCUUGUGCACGACUACAAACUGGAGGCAGGGCAAGUGUGGACGCUCGACAUUGUUAUGAGCUCUGGAAAGGGCAAACUAAAGGAGCGUGAUGUACGGCCGACCGUCCACAAGGUAGCGCUGGACUCCAACUACGCCAUGAAGAUGGAGUCGGCGCGUGAGCUUCAGCGUGAGAUUGAAGCAAAGUACCAGACGUUUCCUUUUGCGCUGCGAAACCUGGAGACAAAGAGGGCUCGUCUAGGUCUUUCAGAGAUGGUGAAACACAACGCCGUGGUCCCGUAUCCUGUUUUGUAUGAACGAGAUGGUGAGGUGGUUGGUCACUUCAAGGCCACGGUGUUGAUUACCGGCAAGAAGAUUGAGCCUGUGACGGGACUCAAGCCGCAAAAGGCACCGGCGCUGCCGGCCUACACCGACGAGCUCUUGCUGACAACGAGCAAGCUGUCUUUGUCUCUUGAGGAGAAGAAGCGAAAGAAUUAA